CCCCAUCACCUGAGAGGAUGAGUGCACCCGCGUGUAUAAGACCGAAGCUUCAGCAUCCACAGACACACUCCGGACAGCAGCAGUCAUGGCAGACUUGUUCGGCAAAGCUCUGGGUAACGAUGGGAUUGCUCGUGCUGUGGGACAGCAAGCCGGUAAGGUGGUGGAGGGUGCCGUGAAGAAGGCCAUGGGUGGAAACAAACAGCAGCAGGGUGAGCAGAAGAAGGAAGGAAGAGGAGGAGGAGGAGGAGGAGGAGGCUUCAACGUGGGAGACGUCCUCAAUCUGGCCGGUGGAAACAAGAAUGAGGGUGAAGGAGGAGCAGGAGGAGGUAUGGGGAGCGCUCUCGGGGGGCUCUUUAAGUAGGAAGCCAGAGGUCCAGAUUCUCCUGCAGCCUCCUCAAACCUCCGUCUGCAGCUGCCUGAUAUGAAAGUGUCCAACCGAACUGAUGGGAAACUGCUUCUCUGAAAAUGUAUAUAUUCAUAUAUGUUCAUCUAUUAAAGGAAAUCCUGAAUGAGAGAUCCUUUAUUGGGAAUACUUUAAAAUAAGUACUUCUGAAAUGUACACAAGGUAAAAAAAAAUUAUGUGAAAAAUUAAAUAAACUUGUUCAAAUAACAUG